AGAGCUUAGUCGACUGCUGGACAGGGAGUCUCAGCAAUUUGUUCACAGUGGCUAAGUUCUUCACUUGUGCAGAGGUGAUGUAUGACAGAAAAGCUUAUUACUCACUUUAAUGUACAUAAUGUUUUCCAAAAAUGUGAAUGAUUUUGAAUAGUCUCCCACAAAAAACUAAGGGAAUCUGAAGAUUUUGUGCUCAAACUGUAAAAAAAAGUAGGUUAUUAGGUAGAUAUUUAAAGUCUGAUCAAAAAGACCAAAACCAACAAUGAAUUUGUAGCAAAACAGUGUUAGUAGAAGUAAGUCAAAAUAAACUACAGUGAGUGUGUGUUCAUGGUAAUGAAGGAGCAUCAGUGUAGCUCCCUUAUAUGUUUUGUGAUAGGUAACAUGAGCAUGGCACAGAGGAAGAAGAUAUGUAGGGUGUUGAUACACAGUUUGCUACUUUUACAUUUGUGCAAGCCUGAAAAUACUCCAUAAGAAAUGCAUGAUUGUUUGAGUUUGAGUUGACCUGUUUGUGUAGUUUCUAAAAACUACACAUCCUGGCUGUUUAUAUACAUGUAUAUUAGUGAAGGGUUAAAUGGGAAAGGCAUUGAGUGCUAUUGACAGGGAAGGAUAGUCACACAAAAUGGAGGUACAGAUUCAUAAAUAGUUGGAUUUGGUCUUUUUCGGGGGAUUUGUUAACAUACAAAAUUGUUAUUCACAAUUAGUUGUGUAAUUAUUAACACCAUAACCAACAUGCAUUAACACAGCCAUAAUUAUUGAACAUUUAAAAAUCAAGCUACAAUAUUAUUAUUUUUUAUAAUUCAUGUUGAAUAACAUCUACUUUAUUAUUAAUGAAACAUUAAUUGAACGUAAUUGAUUUGUGUCAAUGAAGCUCUCGAAGACAAAAAGAAGACAAAAAGAAAAGUAUCUUUGAAAUACAUGAAGUUCUCACAAAGAAACAUUCAGGAUAAACUUUCAGAUUGUCAUCUCAGCCAUCAAAGGCUCUAUUGUAUUUGUCUCCCUCUGUCGCAUGUGACAUAGAUUGUCUUGGAGAAGAAUAACAUUUGCACCGGCAUGCAUUACAGUAACAGAUGUAAUCAGAAGUUUUGUAUUUCCUUCCCUGUGUUGUGCGGAUUGACUGACAAUUUGCAAUGUUGCCAAUUGAACUUGCAAUUAUAUUUUAAAUGGUUUUACUUUUCCUAAGAACAGAUAACUGAUAAGAUAAUAUCGUCAUAUACAUCAAAGUGUAUUGGAUAUAUAACAAGUGUCCAAUGUUUAGUUGCCUGUGACAAUGACAAUAAAGGAAAUGUGUUUUGCAUGAGGGUUGAAUUCCUGCCAUGUCUUGUUUAAUGUGCAGAAUUUGACACUUCUCAGAGGCUUUGCACGGUGCCACCAGGGGCCACAUGUGGAUUACUCCCAGGAAACAUCUGGCCUCCCUCUGGUGCCUUCUGAGCUGAGCGCAGUUAGAUCUCACACACUGGCUCAGUUCAGCAGGAACAGGAGUCACGUCAACACACAACGUUUUGUCCUGAAUGUCGAGCCAAUGAUCUGUGGUCACAUUCGGGGAGGAAAAGUACAGGGAUCAUGUGGGAUCUCAUUUGGUCAGUUAGCAUAAUACUAGUUAAGUUAGCAAAAUGUUUUACUUUUCUUCAAAAGUUCUCUAAGUACUUCUUUGUUUGGUAUUGGUAGAUGUUGUCCAUACAGUACUGUAUUAUAUAUUUCAGGUUAAUAUAUCAUAAGAUUGUGAGCUCUCUAAGAUAAUUCACACUUAAAAGAUUGUCUAAACGUUAUUAAAAUAAAUUAAAUAAUUAAAGAAACUAGAUAUUUUCCCACAAAUUGUUCUUGCUAUUUAACCUAAGAAAAUGUGUUUAAACAAAUACAUAUUUUAAGUAAUUUAUAUACCAAACCUGGCCUAAUAUUCUCUUCUUGCUACAAUAAAUACAAUGAAUAUUUUCUAUCAAGAAAAUGUCCUAUAGGCUUUAUGUAUAGUACGUAUCGUAGAUUUGCAUUCCAAAAUGCUGUGAUGUUCAACAUCACUUGAGGCACUACAUAUAAGGCCAUUUAUAUAUCUCUACUAGGGGGUGUUAACUGGUUAUUGUUUUUUAAAUUAAUAAGGGAAUCAAUUUAUGGAGGAAAAAUAUCAAAAAAAAGGUAAUGACGUAGUAAUGGUGUAGUACUACUUUCUGUCCUCUAGAAGGCGGGCGUGUUCCUAUAGGGCGCCACACGAAGAAGAGAAGAAGAGAAUGCGGAACAACAACAAGAACACUUCGGUAACGUGCUCAGUGCAGAAAAUAAAGAUUUAAAUGUACAUUACAGCGUGAUGUUACUAACAAACAUGUCCAGUCUGGAGACUUUAGAGACUCAGAUAUGUGCUCUAAUGGACACCGUGGUGGAGGAAGCGGUGGCGGAGCUCGGCAGACUUCUGGCCGCUCAGCAGUGCUCUUCCCCGGCUACAGUGUGUGCCGUGAAGAGCGAGGAGGAAGAGCGCGAGGUGACUCCACCGGGGGGGAGACACCUGUGUGAUAACACUAUAACGAAGCAGUUUGCAUCCCUCAUGGAAGCACGGACCAGAGCUGCUGUAGAGAAGAUCCUGACGCUGCUGAAAGUGUCUCUGUGUGAAGCGGCAGAGCAGAGGGCUGGGAGGAAGGACGAGAACAAGCAGAAGAAGAACAAGAAGCGGAAAGCAGGGCAAGUGGCCGCGCCAAAAAAGCAUUCAGGCACACAUGAGAGUAACUCUGGGACCCCGUCUGAACCUGCCGCGUCAGAGCCGGAGGUAACGGAGCAAGAGGUAACAGAGCAAGAGGUAACGGAGCAAGAGGUAACAGAGCAAGAGGUAACAGAGCAAGAGGUAACAGAGCAAGAGGUAACAGAGCCAGAGGUAGCAGAGCAAGAGGUAACAGAGCCGGAGGUAACAGAGCCAGAGGUAACAGAGCCGGAGGAAACGGAGCAAGACGUCGUCCAGGAAGAUACCGGCCCUUCAACUAUCAAACCCACCAAGAAGAGCACAGGGCCGUUCAAAUGUCCUUCUUGUGACAAACAAUUCCGUCUGAAGUGUUGGAUGGACCGUCACUACCGGACUCACUCCAAACCGCACCUUUGCUCAGAGUGCGGCAAGGGUUUCGUCGACCAAAGGAUGCUCAUCGCACACUCGAGAAAACACACCGGAGAAAAGCCUUACGAAUGUUCCGACUGUGGGACUGAGUUCGCUUACAAAAGCACCUUCAAAAGACACAUGCUUAACCACAGCCUGAAGGAGCAAAGCCUGAAGGAGCAAAGCCUGAAGGAGACGAGCUUCCACACGUGCUCGCUGUGUGAGAAGCAGUUCGAGGGGCUCGUGAUGUUUCAGCGGCACAGGUGCUGCGCCUUCAAAAAGACGUUCAACUGCUCGCUUUGCCUGGAGACGUUUACGUGCAGCCAGAGUUUGGUCGAUCACGAGCAGCUGCAUCCAGGCGCCAGAUAUUACGUGUGCGAGGUUUGCGGUGAGCGUUUCUUCUCCACCUCGUCUCUGGCCACACACCGGAUGACUCACGCGGAAAAUAAAAAAUGCUGCGAGGAGCUCGGCUUAGGAAGCAGCGACCCGAGCGUCCUGAAGAAUCACCUGAGCAAACACACCGGAGAAAAGCUCUUCUCCUGCCAGGUGUGCGGUAAAGGCUGCAGUCACCAGAGCGCCCUGAAUCACCACAUGCUAACACACACUGGGGACAAACCGUAUGUCUGCGAGACCUGCGGGAAACGCUGCGGCCACUCCAGCGCGCUCGUGAACCACAUGAGGGUCCACACGGGGAAGAAACCAGGGAAGCCUGUGUGCAAUAUCUGCGGCAAAACAUUCGUCCGCUCGGUCAAACUGAAGUACCACAUGAGCGUUCACACGGGGGAGAAGCCUUACGCCUGCGACCUGUGUGAUAAAAAGUUCAGCAACCCCAGCAAUCUCAAGAUACACAUGAAUAUUCACUCGGGGGAGAAACCGUACGGCUGCAACAUCUGCGGCAAGAGGUUCGCUCAAUCCGUGGGCCUCAAGCUGCACCGGCGGGUGCACACAGGAGAGGAGCCGUACUGCUGCUCAACCUGCGGGAAACGAUUCAUGUUCAGCGGCAACUUCAGGAAACACGAGAGGGCUCACCUGCAAAAAGAGCCAGGAGAUGGACAUUCUGAAAAAACUACAGUGUAAAUAUGAAACAUUUCAUUGCUGAAUGUUAAAGGGGCCCCAUUAUGCCCUUUUUCAGGUUUACAUUUGUGUUUGGUGCCUAGUCUACUGUGACAUGUUUCCAGCUUUAAUGGUUCAAAAAAGUCUUUAUUCGUCAAUAGUAUCAGAAUUCCGGAAAUACACUUAUCUGCUUUCUUGCAGAGAGUUAGACGAGAGGAGCAAACCCACUCUUGUUUCUCUACAGUAAAUAUGACGUUACAGCCAGCAGCUACUUACAUUAGCAAAACGUCUGGAAACAGGAAAACAUCUAUCUUGGCUCUGUCCAAAAGGAACAUUAUUUUGUAAAGAUUAUACAGACAAUAUACAACAAGUUCAUGCUUACCAAAAAAGUUGUUAUUUUACAUACGGAGAGACAUACGGGUCGUUUUUUUGAUAAGCUAGGAUCAUGUCUCCUAGCUCCAACCUCCUUUUUAACAGACAAAAAGCAGUGGAUUAUCUUGUUUUCUCAAGAAGUCAAACUUGUUGUCAUGGAUAUUGGAGCAGAUGGACCCAAACACAGGAGUCGGGUCCAACAACAGGAUACUUGAAUAGAAUAACUUGUUAUGCAUGGUCUGUGCUGGCAGGGCUAAGCAGAACCAAACCAAAGACUGACCUUAAAACCAAGAAGAGUUGAAUGGCAGGUGGAGAGAUGGGUGGAGAUUAAGCUCAGGUGGUAACAUUAGGUGAUUAGUCAGGAGAGCAGGGAAGGAGCUGAUUGGCUGGGAGAAAACUAGGAGCAGGGAAGGGUUAACGAAGCUGAUUCAGAGCAGGUGUGUGAGGGAAAACACAGCAAACAGAGGAAAUCAUUUAGACAAAAAGGCAAAGCUUAGACCUUCAUCAUGUGACAGAAAAAUAUGUUUUAAUAAAAAAUGUUCAAUUUAACCAAAUUACGUAUCUUGAAAAUGUAUUUUAUUGACUUUAAACUGAGCUCAAUAAAUAUAUAUAUAUAUUUGACCAGAAAAAUCCCAGUAAAUCAGCAGUUUCUGACAUUCUCAUACCAAAAAAAGACAAUACACCCCAGCCCUCUACAUAUAAGAUCAACCAUUAACCCCUAGAGACUCAUAUGUAUAUGUACUGAUAAGAAUGAUACAGUUUGGUCCAUCAGACAUUGUUUAUUCAGUGUACAUUCAGACAAAUCUAAACAGAGAAACGAUUCUGUUCUAUAGGUCAUCCACUAGGUGGUGCUAGAGGAUCAUUUUACAGAAAAUUGCACGGUUAAGUCACUACACAUACUGCAACAGGAGGACACAUUGGAGUUAUUCACUAUCAACAGGUCUGCAUCCUGACAGUCCUGUAAACCCUAUAUUUUGACAUCAUUUUAACAAAAUCCUCCGAAGAAAUGUAAAGAAAUCUUUGAGAUUCUGAAAAGGACGUCAUUUUAUUCAACUGCUUUUUCUGAUUAGGUUGUUAUUAUUAAAGAUUUGAAGGGAGAAAUGUUUUGAGUUAUCUGACAUUUUUACAUUUCAUCUUGUGUUUUUGAUUCAAUCAACCAGUUACCUUUUACACUCAGACAUAUAUAUCACUGAACAAAAAAACCUCUUUCCCCAGCUUUUUUAGUCCACAGUAAAGGCAACAAAGACACAUUAAAAAAAUAAUCACAUCACGACAAACGCAAAAACAGGGACAGCAAUUGUAAAAAUCAAUCAAGUACAAUCACUUAUAAAUAGGAUUUUGUAAGAACCUUGGAAACUGGAUUGGAUGUGAUCGUGAUAGUCAUUACCUGUUUCUCUAAAAAAGUUGCUGCAUGAAAAAUAAAUGAAAUGAAACCUUAGCUCUAACAUGACUUCACCUGGCUUAGUGAAAAGCUCCGUGGUGAAUGUGGCUGCAUCAGCAACGCCAACGGUUUCCCUGCAUGGCGUCCUCUUCACUAAGCAGCUCACACACAUCUACUGUAAUACCAGUUUAUUGCAUUUAGUAUAACCUUUAGUGCAGCGCUGCUUAAUGCUGCUAAGAAUUCAGUGUUUUCAUGGAGAAUAAACUCACACGCACGCACGCACACACACACACACACAC